AUGGACCAAUCUCAGACAAAAGCACUCGCUGCGAUCCAGCCAUUUGUUCACCUCGCCACUACUACCAAGACCCCUUCCCCGCGCUUCAUUGCUGAACUGAUCAAGGGAGCGAUCUCCGCUCCUGGGGCGUACAUCUUCACCGAAUUACUUUCACUGCCAGUACUCCAGAGCUUGAGAGGCACGGAAGCAGAACCAUGGUUGACAUUGUUGGAGAUCUUCAGUUGGGGCACGUAUGAGGAGUACAAAGCCGACCCGUCUCUUCCACCCCUCGACGAAGCUCAAACCUUCAAAUUACGCCAGCUUAGCCUCCUGAGUCUGGCCUCACCAUUCGCUCCGACCAGCAACAACAACACAACAGCGAAUGCUUUGACCUACCCUGCGCUCCUCGCCUCCCUCCUGCUUUCCACCCCGCAAGAGCUAGAAUCCUUGAUCACACAGUCAAUCUACUCUGGCCUCCUCACCGCUCGUCUCAGUCCCACGUCGACUCCGCCGACCGUACACAUCAUGUCCGUGGCCCCUCUCCGUGAUCUACGCCCACACUCCCUUCCCGUCCUCUUGCAGAUCCUGCAGACAUGGGAAUCGCGCUGUGUCUCCGUCGUGAGCGACCUCGAAGCGCAAAUUGCCGCCGUUCGAGCAACAGCGCAACAGAGAGCGAUACAAGAGAGAAGCCGACAGAGUGAGGUGGACUCGCUCGUCCUGAGGGAUGACCGACAGCAGGCAUCAAGUGAGAAUGGCUUCAACGGACGUGCCGUUCGCGGCGCUGGAUUUGGCGCAGGUCAACGUCCUCCUAGUAAGCGGGAUCUUGAUCAGCAGAUGGAAGGCGAAGGGGACGACGUAGAGGAUGACUACGAGGAGGGCAGGAUGGACUUGGACGAGGGUAUCAGUGACAGUGCAGGUGGCUUUGCAGGGUUUGGAUCGCGAGGCGGCGGGAGCGGAGGUUCACGAGGUGCAAAGCGAAACCGUGGACGAGGGUCAAAAUGA